CUUGGAAUUUUUCGGCAAACGGCAGAUUAUUGUAGAGAAGAAUUGUUGAUCUGGCUGUUCCUGCUGUUGUGUGCUACAUGAAGUAACGCAGAGGAAGUAAACAAAUAUGGCGGCUCUCAAUGCACUAGCUGAUUAUAGCAGCGAGAAUAGCGAUGGAAAUUCAAGUGAAAGCUCUUCGGAGAGUGAAGAGACAGACGGUGAAGAGCAAGGAAAUGAUACAAAGAUAGACGUCGUGCAAGAAAAAUUACCUUUACCGGAUAUACUAAACGAGAACCCACAGGCAAAGCGAAGCGAGUUUGCCUCUGUCAAAAUGGAUGACCAUUCAGCUUCGGUGUUUUUUAAUCCGUUCAAAGCCAAAGAAGACGAGAAAUUGGCGAUUUUGGAAAGGCAUGUGAAACUGACCGAACGCAAGGACGAUACAAAGGGAGAAAAAGCUAAAUUUAGGCGAAGUAAAAACGCUCAGAAAGUUCCAAAAAGACAGAAUUUUCACGGACAAGAUCAGAGAAAUGACAAUGAUGAUGGGUUUAAGGCGUUUCAGAAACGAAAACGUAGAGUCGGAGUAAAUGACUCUCUCAUUCCUCCCAAGAGAGCUCUUCAAGCUUACGAGAAACAAAGACGAGACGAAACACCUCGGACAUAAAUUUUAAUACAUACCAAUUUAAUAUAGACCAUGAAUGUUCAAUUAGUGAUCAUAUAUUGUAUCGUUGUUGAUUGUAUAAUUCAUGUAUAUAGCUAACAGUGAUUUCCGUUCUUUUUUAGUUAUUUAGGGUGGGAGACACCCUAUUUAUUUCUUGAAAG